AUGAAGUUGAUCCUCCUGGUUGUUCUGGUGGCUUUUCUGGGAGUUUCAAAGUCACAGGUCUGUAACUAUGGCUGUACAAGAUGGGGAAUUGAAUACCUUUGCGGGAAGACGGUGAGAAAUGGCAGGGAAAUUCGUUGUACCUACAGGAACCCCUGCGAAAUGGAUCAGCAUGCCUGCCAAAAACGUGAAGAGUGGAAAAAAGACUCCACAGGUCGAUGCACACGCGAUUCGGAUGAAUGCAGAAGGUAGGAGGAAAGUAACCAGGCGCAGGAGAAGCAGCUGAAUAUUUUUAAGAAAUGUAUAAAUAUUGACACAAUUGACACACGAAAUAUACAAAAUAAUAUUUUUUGA